AUGGCAGAGUAUGACGAAGAAGAGAAUCCUUUUGCGGAUAUAGAUGAGUACAUCGAGGACACAAAUGCCAUUGUCCCUCCACGAGUUGAGUCUGCUACCUUCAAAGUGGAACAUGGUUUGAUCCUAAUACUUAAAGCAGAGGGGUUUUUUAGGAAUUCUACCGAUGAUGAUCCAACACAACAUCUUAGAAACUUCUUGGGUGUGUGUGUGAUGCACAAACAGAACAACGUGUCAAAUGAUGCCCUAAUACUGAGGGUAUUCAAGUACUUACUAGUUGGAGAGGCAAGGAAAUGGAUCCAAAAUCUACCACCUCACUCUAUUCACUCUUGGCCUGAACUAAUUCAUGCUUUCCUAGCCAAAUGGUUCCCACAAAGCAAGAAAUCCGAGCUCAAGGAUAAAAUUUUCUUCUUCAAGCAACUACCGGGAGAACACCUACAUGAGGUGUGGGAUCGGUUCAAGCUAUACCUAGUGAGGUCGCCUAAUCAUGGUUUUCCGGAUAAAAUCUUAUUAGAAAAGUUUUACAUGGGUUUGGAUCAGUUGAACCAAUCCAUAGCAAAGAAUGCGGCGGAUGGAUCUUUUAUGGACAAAACAUUCAUAAGGAUCACACAAAUUCUCGACAAGAUGGUAGAACACAAUCAAGCUUGGCACUCGAAAGAUACCACGGGUGGAAUUGCAUACGGUACUCCCUCUUUGACCAACAUGAUUAAGGAGAACCAAGAGAGAGAUCAAGUAAUUGCCGAUCUUGACACAAACAUUAAUGUGUUAACCAAGAUGUUCACUGAAAACCAAACUAAAAAGGUAAAUGUUGUAGAAGAUGUGCAACCCUUGUCAAACGAAGAUUGCGAGGAGGCAAACUAUGUCCAUAAUUCUCAAGGUGGUUAUCGCCAACAAAAUCAAUGGAGGCCUGACCCGCAAGGGCAAGGCCAUCAACAGUGGCGCAAUGAUCAAGGUGGAUCAAGUCAAGGUAAUUGGAGCAACAACAACAACAACUAUGCAAACCGGAGUUCAAACCCCUAUGUUCCACAAAAGGGGCAAUACUUUAACUCAUCGCAUUAUAAGGAAGGUUCUUCAAGUGAGUCCAAGUUGGAGAGCAUACUUGAAAGAAUAUUGCAAAAUCAAGAAAGAGGCGACACUACAAUGAAAAAUAUGGCCGAACUUGUGGGGUCACACACCGCAUCCAUACAAAAGCUAGAAAUGCAAAUGAGAGAUUUGUCAAGAGAGAAUAAUCCAAAGCCGAAGGGCACACUCCCAAGUGACACAAUUGCAAACCCUAAAGGAAAUGAGAGUGGUCCAACUUCUUAUUCCAUGGCAAUCACCACGCGAAGCGGAAAGGUACUUCAAGGAGAAAAUGAACAAAUUGUUGGAGUAGAUGAUCUUGAGCAAGAGGUUGAAGCACAAGUUGAAGUGCGUAUUGUUAUUGAAGUUGAAAAGCUCCCAAAAGGAGUAAAAGUCCAAGAAGAAAAUCAUAAAAGGGUAAAGGAAGGCGAAAGAGACACCAAAAGCUCUAGCAGAAAUUCCUAG